AUGCAAUUCAAGAACCUCGCCCUUGCGGCCAUUGUGGCCACCGCCACCGCUCAAGAGCAGCAGAACCUCACUGCGGCUCUCAGCUCGAACCCAGAGCUCUCGAACCUGACCUCGUUCCUCGGAGCUCUCCCAGACUUCGUUGGUCAGCUCUCACAGCUGCAGAACGUGACUUUGUUGGCUCCUAACAACGAGGCCUUUGCCGAGUUUCUCAACUCAUCUGCUGGCUCUGGUCUUGCUUCAGGAUCAGACUCAGCCCUGAUCCAGGCCAUUCUCUCGUACCACGUCCUCAAUGGCACGUAUGAAAGCUUCGGAGAGAACGUCACUUUCGUUCCCACUGCCCUGCAGCCACCUCAAUUCGCCAACGUAACAGGCGGCCAGCGCGUUGAAGUCAUUCCUUCUGGAGGCAAUGCGACCUUCCUGUCCGGUCUCCUCGCAAACUCCACAGCUGUUGGAAACGCGACCAACUUCACCGGAGGUGUCGUGCACGUCAUCGACCGCUUCUUGGUCGUUCCCCAGAACAUCUCCGAGACUGCUAUUCAGGCCAACCUGACAAGCGCUGUUGGUGCGCUCCUGAAGGCGGACCUUGCAACAACUCUCGAUGGUCUUUCAGAUGUGACUGUCUUCGUUCCGGAUAACGCGGCUUUCCGCGCCAUUGGCAAUCUCGUUGGAAACCUCACCACGGAGAACCUGACAAGCAUUCUCACGUAUCACGUUGUUAAUGGCACAGUCGCAUACUCGACCGAUCUUUCGAACACAUCGAUUCCCACGCUCGGUGGUGGAAACGUUACUAUCACUGUAGAUGGCGACAGCGUCUUCGUCAAUUCCGCCAGAGUUACCGUACCCAAUGUUCUGGUCGCGAACGGUGUGGUCCACGUGAUCGAUUCGGUCCUCAACCCUGCCAACAGCACCGCCGAGCCGAACCCAUCCGAGUCAAGUGGUGUCCCAGCUUUCGCAGGUGCCCAGGAUCAGGACGACGGACUCGCUUCAGGUGUGCCUACGCCAACAGCCUCAUUGAACCCUACAUCGGAGGCUUCUGCUGCUGCGACUGCCACUUCUUCGUCCAGCUCUGGUGGCGCCAUGCCCAUGAUCACCGGUGCCAUCGCUCCUGCCGCGCUGUUCGGUGCAGGCGCAAUCUUGGCCAACCUGUAG